UAGCAUGUGUCAAUAUUGCAGUCGAUCUUAUUGUUAAAGAGUAAUGAGAAGUAAUGAGAGUAUGUAACGUAAUCUGUAACGAUACUAUCAGUCGCUUAUCAUAUUUGCUGCUCUUGAGUUGACAAUCUCGAUUCAAGAGAAUUACUCUCUUAAGUCUUGAUAAGGCUGAGUGUUGUGAUCAACGAGUUCUGAUCUUGGUUGUGCUGUGGUUUCUAAUUUUCGUUUCUCGGGAUAUCAUCUUCAGUUACCUACAUUUUAGGAAGCAAAAGGUUUGACAGUUGUAAAUGAUAUGGCUGUUUCAGUCAGAGAGUCUUGCGAAUUUAUCGCAAACUCUGCAAAGGAUGUUAAGAUAAACAGCUCCAAAGUUGAUUCAGUUGCAGACCUGAUACUGGAAGCCCACAAGCAGGGGAAAAUAUCCCUGAGCAACUUUUCUGAAUGCGAAGUUCACCCAAAGAGCAACGAUUCCCUGGGCAUUGAUUGGAUCUUCACCGUGGAUACUUUGAACUUUUGCUUUUGGAAUCCAAGAGCAGCUCACUGGGAAGUAACAUGGAAUAAAAAGAAGUACUCAGGCUACUAUGCCCUCUGUGCUGCAAUAUGGAGGAGUAUUGAAGAAGGUGUUGAUUUGAGAGACCCCAAAGUUUACUCAAAACUAAGCCUCAGUCAGUUGAAACACAUUUUCAGAUGUGAUGAGGGUUCCGGAGAGCUACUGCUAGUAGAAGAAAGACUAGAAUGUUUGCAUGAAGUUGGGAAAAUAUUAUUGGACAAAUAUGAAGGUACUUUCAAAAGCUGUGUACAAAAAUCUCAAAAUAGUGCACAAAAGUUAUUAGAUCUAGUAGUUUCCGAGUUCCGAUGCUAUCAAGAUGAAGCAGUUUUUAAAGGACGCAAAGUUUCUUUUUACAAACGAGCGCAGAUCUUGGUCGCAGAUAUUUGGCUGUGGUGUAAAGAUGAAGGUAUGGGCCACUUUCCGGACAUAGACUCCAUAACUAUGUUUGCAGAUUACAGAGUUCCACAAGUUCUGGUCCAUUUUGGAGUCUUGGAAUAUUCACCUGAGCUUUAUGAGACUCUGAAGAAAAAUACAAUUCUGGAGAGUAAAUGUGAUAUCGAAAUUGAAAUCAGAGGUUGCUCCAUUGAGGCAGUUGAACAGAUCUCAAGAGCAGUGAGAUCAAAAGUAGGUGGAAGCACGAUUAAGUUAAACUCUAUUUUAAUUGAUAAUUUCCUUUGGGAUUAUCGCCGUGCUCAUGCAAAAGAGCUUGAGUAUAUUCCUUACCACAAAGUUAUUUCAAUAUUUUAUUGAUACUCUCAACAAGAUUUCUGGUACCCAGAGGUUACGCAAAAACAUUUCAGAAUGAACACAGUAAGCCAAUAGCAGUAUUUACUCUGAAAAUAAUUAUUUACACGCAGUAUUCACUUUAUAUGGAUCUUAAAAACAGUAUUUUCUCCGUGCAACAAUUACUAUUGCCAGACUAAAGAUUUGUGCUUAGUAAAGAAACUAUUUAUUCAUACAUGGUAUUUUUAAAAAAUGCACGAAAUUGCUAAUAAUAGAGAAAGCUCCCAGUAUUUUUCAUUUUUAUUUGUUAGAAGCCUUUUACUCUAAUCAUUGUCUUGUCAUAAUCAAUUUAAAACAGCUUAAAUAAAAGCAUGAAGAAAAAAACACGAAAUAAACUGUAAAGUUAUGAAUCCUU